UGCCUUGGCUCUUCUCGGCCUAAACACACGAAAAAUGCCAAAAAUGUAAUAAACCAAAACGAAGAAUCGGAAUUCCUCACACCAUUUUACCAACUCUGCCGUGUUCUGUGCUUGUGUGUGUUUGUGUGUGUGCUUGGAUUUUGCUGCUACACCAGCUCGUGGCGUUUGUGUGCGUGCGUGUGUGUGGAAUUGAUCAUAAAUACUUUUGCACAACGCGCCCCUCCACAAUUCCAGAAGAAAGUUGUUUAGCAUAUGCGUCCGACCAGAGGCGCAUAGACCCCGGGCAAAGCGGAAAGGAGAGGAAGUGGGAGGGCCCCAGCAGCACGGCAAUAACAGCUUCUGCCAGCAGCGGACGGAUGAUGAGGAUGAGCGGCUGCUGAUGACGAAUGACGACGAACUGAAAGUGUCGAACCCCCAGAACCAGAACCAGCUCGACGCACCACAAACCAGCACCUUGUUCGGAAGCUGCGCCUGCAGAACAGAUACGAUUUCGAGUGAAAUUAGAAGAGGAAAAGAAAAGUGACAUAUCCAACUGGCAACUGGCGACUGGCGGAACCAGUCUCCGAAAUACCCAACGAUACACACACAGAAGGAGCUGGAGAGAGGCAGGCAGCAGGCAGAAGCAGCAGCAGCAUGUAUCGCCCAAAUUUCUACGAGUCGACGUGCCUGCGGUGCAGCGAGACCGUCUAUCAGGUGGAUCGUGUGGGGCCACUCAAGGAUUUCACAUUCUUUCAUUCCGGUUGCUUCAAGUGCGUCCACUGCGGCACCAAGCUAACGCUCAAGACAUAUUUCAAUAAUCAACACAAGCAGGAUGACAAAGAGGUCUAUUGCAGUUCCCAUGUACCAAAGAGCGGACCCGGUCAUCUCGAUCAGACAGCGGUGGGCAUUCGCCAGGCCCUGAAUGCGCCGCGCACGAGCAAGUUCGUGAACGAACAGAUUCGGGGCACGCGCACCGAGAUUGACGGUGCCCCACUGGGCGGUUCGCGUCAAUCCACGCCCAACGGCUACGUCGGCCGCGAGGUCAACUCCCCGUCACAAAACGAAUCCGACUACAAGUACGGCCGCUUCGACGCCAGUGCCCUGCACAUCGCCCAUGCACUGAAGCAGACGGAGGUCCAGAAGGCCUACAAUAAGGCGCGCGAGAAGCCGAUUGAUUUCUACCUGGCCCGCGAGGAGCAGGCUCACCUGGAGAUGAAGCACCGCAAGGAGGAGGACGACCUGUAUCGGAGAUUUGCCAAGAAGCGCGAGGAGGAGGAUCGCAAGAUCCAAAGCGAGUUCCAGGACGAGUGGGAGCGCGAACUGCAGCGCCUGACGCACAAGUUCGAGAAGGAGUUGGCCACCUCACGACGCAGCCGGGACGAGGCCAACGUUCUGACGCUGCGGCACGAGCAGCAGAAGGAGGACCUGGAGAAGAACAUGACCCUGCGCCGGAGCAAGAAGAAGGAGAGCAUCACCCGGAAGAUGCUGGAGCACGAGCGUUACGAGACCGCCGCCCUGGUGGACAGGCAGUCGAGCGAGAUGCUGGAGCUGAUCAGCGCCCGCCGCUCCGAGUACAUGCAGAGCGAGAGCAUCUUCCUGGAUGAUGAGUUCAGCGAGGGCGCCGUGCCCAUCGAGUAUCCGCUGAAUGCCCCCGUUCCAGCACCGCCGGCGGUCAGUAAAUUCCAGAUCUACACGGACCCCAUAGAGUUUGAGGAUGUGGAUCGCAUUGCCAUCUCCGUGGCCCAGGAGGACCAGAAGACGUUCACGGAUCUGGUGCGCCAGCUGGUGGGACGCUGCACCACCGAUAUCGAGAAGGCCCGCACCAUCUUCCGGUGGAUCACAGUCAAGAACCUGAAUGCCAUGCACUUUGACGAUGAUCUGCGCGGCGACACGCCCAUGGGCCUCCUGCGUGGCAUCAAAUAUGGCACGGAGAGCUACCAUGUCCUGUUCAAGCGCCUCUGCAGCUAUGCCGGCCUCCACUGUGUCGUCAUCAAGGGCUACUCGAAGAGCGCCGGCUACCAGCCCGGCGUGAAGUUCCAGGACUCACGAUUCCGCAACUCCUGGAACGCCGUCUACGUGGCUGGUGCCUGGCGCUUCGUUCAAUGCAACUGGGGAGCCCGCCACCUGGUCAAUGCCAAGGAGGCUCCCAAGCAAGGACGCGGCAAGAACGACAGUCUGCGGUAUGAGUAUGAUGACCAUUAUUUCCUCACCGAUCCACGCGAGUUCAUCUACGAGUUCUAUCCGCUGCAAGAGGAAUGGCAGCUACUGAAGCGUCCCAUAACGUUGCGCGAGUUCGAGAAUCUACCCUUUGUGCGCUCGCUCUUCUUCCGGUACGGCCUGCACUUUGCCGACGAGGGCUAUGGGGCUGUGGUCUUCACGGACGACACUGGAGCGGCAACUGUGCGCAUCGCUAUGCCCACGGACAUGCAGAGUUGCCUGAUCUUCCACUACAAUCUCAAGUUCUACGACAGCGACGAGGAGCUCUCCUACGAUGGCGUCUCCCUCAAGAGAUUCGUGAUGCAGUCGGUGAUCGGCAACAUUGUGGCCUUCCGCGUGCACGCCCCAUGUUCGGGCGCCUUUCUGCUGGACAUCUUUGCCAAUGCGGUGACGCCCCAGGAGUACCUAACCGGGGAGCCCAUGAAGUUCAAGUCUGUUUGCAAAUUCAAGAUCUGCUGCGAGGAGCUGCAGACGGUGAUGGUGCCGCUGCCGGACUGUGCCAGCGGAGAAUGGGGACCCACAAAGGCCACCCGCCUCUUCGGUCUCAUUCCCAUCACGCACCAGGAUCCGCUCAUCUUUGCCGGGCGCAGCCUGGAUUUACAAUUUCGUAUGUCGCGUCCGCUGACAGAUUUUAUGGCCACGCUGCACAAGAAUGGCAUCGAGGAGAAGAAGCUGGCGAAAUAUGUGACUCACAGCACGCUGGACGACAUUGUCACGUUCAUCAUUAACUUUCCCGAGGAGGGUCAGUACGGACUCGACAUUUACACGCGUGAACUGGGCGCCCCACAGCAUCACCAUCACCACAACAACAACUCCUCAUCCUCCUCCGGCGAGAAACAUUUGUUGACGCACUGUUGUAAAUAUUUAAUCAACUCGUCCAAGCGGAAUUGAAUUGGUUCGGAGGGCGGAGCUGGACGUGGAGGCGUAGCUGUAGAUGCAUGGAUGCAUUCUUGGACAUAUGGAAGGCGGAAAGCGAAGCGGAGCAAACAUACACACAAAAUGCAAUAUUAAUUAUAGUCUAUACUUAAGCGGGAGCUUAACAAAUGUUUACCAUAUCACAAAAGUCCAUUAUGGAGGUGCUAUCUGGCAGCAAACUGGCGAAAAUUGAAAUAAUCCGAUGAUAACAAUGCAGGAGGAUGGAUGGAUGGAUGGAUGGAUGAUGACGAUGAGAAGAAUGAUAAUCGGAACUUGUAAAUACUCUAGACUCUAAUCAUUAGACCUUAACGAUGCCUAGUAAUACCAACCCUAAAAUCAGUUCUUAAUUAAAUUGUACAUCUACCGAUUAAUGCUUAAUAAUUUAUUACGUGAAACGCAAUCAACUCUACAUUCUACGAGUACACAUAUACAUACAUACAUACAUACACGUACGUACACACAUAUAUACGCGUACAUCCGACUUGAAUUCGAAAUGUUUAAUGUUUUUGUUUUGUUUAAGCGUUCAUAAUGUGAAUAAAACCUUAUUAUACAAUUA